UUUUGAGAGAGAGAGAAUGGAGUCUACAAGGGUAGAGAAACCUCAUGCCCUGUGUUUCCCACUUCCCGCUCCAGGCCAUAUUAACCCCAUGAUGCACCUUGCUAAGAUUCUCAAUGCUAGAGGCUUUUACAUUACUUUUGUCAACACUGAAUUUAACCAUGAGCGUAUUACUAGAUCAGGAGGAGCCAUGGAAUUGAACAAUUUGGAGGAUUUUAAGUUGGAAUCAAUCCCUGAUGGCUUGCCGCCGGACCACGUCCGGACCCAAGAUGCCGCAGGCCUCAUUGAUGCAACGAUGAAGAAUUUCUUCAGUCCUUACAGGGAUUUGGUUUCAAAACUCAAUGACUCCAUACAAGUCCCUCCGCUUACAUGCAUAAUUUCGGAUCUCAACUUUACGCAGGUUGUUGCAGAAGAGCUCGGGAUCGCAAGGAUUUGUUUGUGGGUGACAAGUAGUGCUGCUUUUUGGGGUUUCUUGCACUACUCCGAACUUAUCAAAAGAGGAAUUGUGCCAUUCAAACGUCUCUCUCCCUCACUCGCACACACAUUCUCUCACUAUAACACUAAUUACUCGAUCUUAGUUGCAAGAAAUGCCCUUCAGAACCCUUACCCAAAACAAAACUGUAAGUAGGCAAUAUCUAUUAUGUGUGUGUGCGAGCUUGAGAGAGAGAUUCUCAAAUCUUGGUGCCCUCGUUCUCUUGUUUUCUUGUCAUUCUUUUGUAGUUCACUUCAAAAGAAAAGAUAAAACUAUAUGUUCCCCCUAUAGGUCCUCACAGUGACAGAGAAUGUGCUGGGUUGAUAGUAGCAUCUCCCCUUAUGAAUGCAGUCUCGGACUCCAUUUUUCAUUCUCACCAAAAUGGUACAAGACCAAAUCCUUACUACCAGACCAAAAAGAAAAAAAAGCCAAAAAAAAAAAUCCU